CUAAUUCAAGUCCCUCCCCUUCACUCUUCAGUCUUCCACUGGGCCUCAGUACUACAGGUGACUGACACCAACGGCUCGACCUCGCAUUCCAAAUCAAACUUUACUAUCUUUCAUAGUAAAUCAAGAUGGAUUUAUGAGAGACUCGUGUUGGACGUUUGAUCGCCUUUGAGCCCGUCUGGUCUCGCUCCUAAUCAAUUUUCCGGAUUGACAUCAUCAAGUGGACCAGUGGGACGACGAUACAAAAAUUGUCUAGAAAAAUGAAUCCUGCCAUAGUUUUAUUUGUAUGUAAUCUAGUCAUAACGAACAGCCUUACAUUUAACAAGAGAUAUCAACACUAUCCAAUUAAAUUCGACGAUAUUCAGGAUGUGAAAAUUAAAAGGCCAGCAAAACUCAAUUUAGACACGAGUUACAACACACUGGAAACGAUAAACGAGUAUGUAGACUAUUUGGCUAGGAGCAGACCGGACAUAGUUACCAAGGAGGUGAUCGGUUACAGUUAUCAAAAGAGCCCGAUAACAGCUCUCCACAUCCACAACGAUGAGAGGGCGACCGUGGAGAAGCCAUCGAUUUUAAUCGAUGCGGGGAUCCACGCCAGAGAAUGGAUCUCGCCAGCCGUUGGACUUUGCAUCCUGAGCCAACUGGUUGAGAAUUACGAAGACAACAAGUACCUUAUUGACAAAGUCAACUGGUACAUAGUGCCUAUGCUGAACCCAGACGGCUACAACUACACCUGGCAUGGGGACAGAUUUUGGAGGAAGAACAGGCAGAAGAUUCCGAACUCGCACUGCCUCGGGAUAGAUCUCAACCGAAAUUUUGGCUACAAAUACGGAGGGAUCGGAACGAGCAAACUACCAUGCGAGGAGAUAUUCGGAGGAAACGGGCCGUUCAGCGAGUACGAGUCUAGGGCCUUAAGAGAUUACGCUGCCAAACUCCCUAAUCUCAGGCUUUACCUGACCAUGCAUAGUUACGGAAAUUUUUUGAUAUUCCCUUGGGGUUGGACUUACGAAAGGCCUGCCGACUAUGAUGAUCUUUACCGGGUCGCUGAUAGGGCAAGAAAUGCCAUGGAAAAAGUAUGGGGCCAUCGCUACACAAUCGGCACACCUGGAGAUACAACCGGUCUAGGAGCGGGUGGAAGCGACGACUACAUGAAAGCCGUAUUGGGUGUGAAAUACUCGUACACGUUCGAGCUUCCAGGGGGCGGCGAAGAGGGGUUCGAUUUCCCACCUGGGAAAAUCCAGGACGUCUGUGUCGAGACGUGGGAGGGAAUAAAAGCGUUCGCCAAAUUUAUAAAGGAGGAAAACUACAGAAAAAGGCCUCGGCCGAAAUUCGGAAACAGAAGACAUAAAUCCCGCAGGAUUUAAAGCUAGAUAAUUUUUUUUUAUAUUGAAGGUUUCUCUGAUGUAAAAUAUUUGUAAAUUCCAAGAAAAGAAAAUUGUGUAUGGACUGUCUGAAUAGGAGAAAAUUUAACUCGUUUGUUAUACAUUUGGUAUAUUGAUUGAAUUAAUUAAAAUUGGACCAAAGAAAAACAUUUUUACGAGCCAAAAAUUGAACAGAA